GGUUUCAAGCUACAUUGACACGGCUCUCCUCCCCGUCACUUUUCGGGAACGAUAUCAACACCGUCCUCCUCACGGCAGAGUAUCAAACACAGAAUCGCUUUCGGUUCAAGCUCACUGAUCCUAAAACGCAAAGAUUUGAAGUCCCCCAUGAGCACGUGGGAACUUUCAGCGGUCUGGCAGCCUCCAACUUAAAAUAUAAAGUUGAUGUCCAGCAAAAUCCCUUUGGCAUCAAGGUGACCAGAGCAAGCAACGGAAAAGUUUUGUUUGAUAGCACCAUCGGCCCACUGCUGUAUGCCGAGCAGUUUUUACAGCUUUCCAUCAAACUCCCCAGCAGCAACAUCUAUGGAGUGGGUGAGCACGUGCAUAAGCAGUAUCGACAUGACGUCCAAUGGAAAACCUGGCCCAUGUACAGCAGGGACACGGCCCCUUCGGGAAACAUGGAUAACUUAUAUGGCGUUCAGACUUUCUUCUUGUGUUUGGAAGACAACACUGGAGCCUCUCUUGGUGUUUUCUUGAUGAAUAGCAACGCCAUGGAGUUCGCCCUGCAGCCGGCGCCGGCUGUCACGUACAGAACAAUUGGGGGAAUUCUUGAUUUUUAUGUCUUCUUGGGAGACACCCCCGAGCAAGUGGUGCAGGAGUACGUGAAGUUCAUAGGGUUGCCGGCAUUGCCCUCCUAUUGGACUCUGGGAUUUCACCUCAGCCGCUACGAUUAUGGGUCUCUUGACGAGGUGAAGGCUGUUGUGGAGCGAAACAGAGCAAUCGAACUCCCUUAUGAUGUUCAGUACACAGAUAUCGACUACAUGGAAGCGAGGAAAGAUUUUACUUACGACAAAGUGAACUUCACAGACCUCCCCAGUUUUCAAACUUACAUGCAUGAUUAUGGACAAAAGUACAUUAUCAUACUGGAUGCUGCUAUUAGCAUAGAGGCUCUCGCUGACGGUUCUCCCUACCAAGCCUAUGAGAGGGGACAAAGCAAGAAAGUUUGGGUUAAUGAGUCGGAUGGAGUAACACCAUUAGUUGGAGAGGUGUGGCCAGGAAGAACUGUCUUCCCAGACUUCACCAACCCUGACUGCACCACAUGGUGGGUGGAGGAAUGCAGAAUAUUUUAUGAGCAAGUGCCCUACGAUGGGAUCUGGAUUGAUAUGAAUGAAGUAGCCAACUUUGUUCAAGGCUCAAGUAAAGGCUGUGAGCAGAACGACUUAAACUAUCCUCCUUUCACGCCCCAUAUUGUUGAUAGACUCCUGUAUUCCAAGACAGUCUGUAUGGAUGCAGUGCAGAAGUGGGGGCGACAAUAUGAUGUUCACAGCCUUUUUGGAUACUCUAUGACCCUUUCAACACAACAAUCUACUUUUGCGGGAUCAGGAAAGUAUGCUGGACACUGGCUGGGAGAUAAUGCAGCAACGUGGGACCACAUAAAAUGGGCAAUACCUGGAAUGCUGGAAUUUGGCCUCUUUGGAAUCCCUUAU